GACAGAGGAGCUGAAAGAGCUGGUUUAGCGCAGGCAGAGGAGCUGAAAGAGCUGGUGACAUUUGACAAUAGAAGAGGGACAGAACCAUGACUGAAGCUACACCACUGAGAGAGAUGGAGCUGAAACGGCAGCCUGAGUCUGAUGGGUGUGGCUCAACAAAUCAUGAUGGGUCUGGUUUGACCGCUGAGCUGAGGAUUGUGUUGCUAGGGAAGACUGGAGCAGGGAAGAGCGCAACAGGAAACACCAUCCUGGGGAAGAAUGUAUUUAAAGUGGACUCUUCCCCUGCGUCAGUGACCGGACAGUGUGAGAGACAGAGUGGAGAGGUCAACGGGACGACGGUUCAUGUGGUUGAUACGCCGGGCCUCUUCGACACAGCCCGGUCGGACGAAGAGGUGAAGGAGAAAAUAGAGGAGUGCGUUAACAUGUCCGUCCCGGGCCCCCACGCCUUCCUGCUGGUGAUCAGGCUGGGGGUGAGGUUCACAGAGGAGGAGAGGAACGCCGUGAGGUGGAUCCAGGAGAACUUCGGAGAGGACGCCUCCAUGUACACCAUCUUGCUGUUCACCUGUAAAGACCAGCUGAAGGGGAAACAGGUGACAGAUUCUCUGAAGAUGUGUAAAGAGCUGCGGAGACUCUCCAUCACGUUAGGAGGCGGGUAUCACUCGUUCAACAACGACGCCAAAGACGACCCGGCUCAGGUCCCAGAGCUGCUGGAGAAGAUCAAAGAGAUGGUGGAGCUGAACGGAGGAGAGCACUACACCAACGAGAUGUACCAGAAGGCUCAGAGGAAGAUCAGAGAGGCGGAGGAGAGGAGGAGGGAGGAGGAGGAGAAGAGGAGGGAGGAGGAGGAGAGAAAGUUAAAAGAAGAGGUAAAGGUCGAGAUAGAGAAAGAAAAGGAGGAAGAGAAAAGGGAGAAGGUAGAUAAAAAGAGGAAUCUCCACAUGGCUCUAGCAGUAACAGUAGUGUGUGUAGUAGUAGGGGUGAUCAUAGCAGCUGCUGCUGAUACCACAGUGGCCCUGGCUCUAGCUCCACUCCUACUGGUGCUGGGAGCAGCCAGUGGAAUAACGGCUAUCUGUCUAAAGAAUGGAAGGUGUGGAGCUAAAACACCCGUCUCCGUAGCUGUAUAACAAUCACAUACUGUAUACCUCAUUAAGGCUGUUUUUACACUGGCAACACAAUUCUGAUCUUUUGCCACUAAUUGGUCUUUUGACCAAUCCGAUCUAUUAUCAAUAAUUGGGCAAAAUAUCAGAAUUUGUCUGCCUGUGUAAAGAUCAGAAUUAGACUGCCCGUGUAAAUAUCAGAAUUAGGUUACCUGUGUAAACGAGGCCGAACAAGACCUAACAACAGAAACAUAGAUUGAAUGAUUGAUUGAUAGAUGGUUUUAUAGAUAGAUAGAUAGAUAGAUAGAUAGAUAGAUAGAUAGAUAGAUAGAUAGAUAGAUAGAUAGAUAGAUAGAUAGAUAAAAAUAGUCUUAAAUCUGUUCCCUUAAGUAUUUCUCUGGGUGUCCAGUGAUCUAUUGAUUUAAUCAUGUGUUCAGGGAUAACAUUUAUGAACACUUAAUAAAGAGAAGUAAAGAGUCUGACUGAUGACUAAUGUUUUUAUUACAUUUCUCUGAUAUGUUUUAGAACACGUUUCCUCCCUGUAUUAUGUCAGAGUGACUGUCUGCCUUAUAGUUUCACUAUCUAGAUUACAAACCUCGAGAGGAACCAGGCU